GAUAAGCUUCAAUGGCAUUUGUACAAUGAAACUCGUCUGUGUCCUGCUGCUGUGCGUCCUGGCGAUUGCCUGCCUUCCAGAUGUUUCCCCUGCGAAACACCACAAGCAUCAGCGGCACCACGAUGACGACGAGCAUCAUUAUCUGCCACCGUCAGAGGAAAAGGAGGAACUGGAGCAGCCCUUCUACAAGAAGGAGAAGCACACCAGUGAGCGCGUCGUAUACCACAAGGAGGAGGAACAUGACGAGGAACCCAAGAAAGAGCGCGUGGAUCACUACCAUCACUACGACAAGAAGCCGCAGGUGAAGACCGAACACAUCCACUACAAGCACGACAAGCCGCAUGUCCGCACGGAUCACAGCGGGGAUCUGUUCACUCCGGCGGCCACUCAAGUCGUCUAUAGGCGUCGCCGUCCCCACCGCGUCACCUAUGCCAGUGCCCCCAACUCCGUGUUUCACACGCACACCCAGAUCAACGUCCAAUCGCAGGACUCGGAGCUCAAUUCACUCAUCCGACCAGAUCCGCCGGGAGGACAGCAACUGCCAGCCGGAGCACAAGCGUCCACGGGAGCUCAGGCUCCCACAGGUGCUGGUUUCCUGCCCAACUGCCAGUUUACAGGAAUUCCUGGCAAUAAUCCACCGGGCUGUGGUCCGUCGGAUCCACUUGGAGCUCAGCUACCCGCCAGUGCCUUGGCUCCGGGUGCUGGACUGCCUGCCAAUCCAGGAGCACUUCCCAUUCCAGCCGGUGGACAGUUGGCUGUGCAGGGCAAUGGCCAACGCCCGCAGAAACCCUCUCGUCCAGGCGGCGGCUAUGGCAGGAACAACUUCUUUUUCGAUCCCUCGCUGGCUGCUCAGCUGGGCGCUGCAGGGUUCCCAGCUGUUGGCGGUGCUCAAUUGGCUGCUGGUCAAGGAGCCCCCAACCAGAAUCAGUUUGAUCCCUCAUUCGGCGCUCAGUUAGGCGCCUCGGGUCAAGCUGCUGGAGCUGCUGGCGGUCCCUUCGAUCCAUCAUUUGGCGCUGCCGCUCAACGACCGGCGGGAGCACAGGCACCCAUCGCUGCCUAUGCACCGUUCCAGAAUCAGUUUGAUCCCAAUGCACAGCUCGGAGGUCAGCUGAACGCUGCCCAACAGCCAAAUCAAUUCGGAAACCCUGCUUUGGGCGCUCAACUUGGAGCUGGUCAGGCGCCGCUUCAGAAUCAAUUUGAUCCAACUUUGGGCGCUCAACUGGGAACUGGUCAGAGACCGAAUGCUCCGCUUGGGGCUCAGCUUGGUGCUGCUCAGGCACCGCUUCAGAAUCAAUUCGAUCCAGCUUUAGGUGCCCAACUGGCAGCGGGUCAAGUGGUGCCACGUUUGCGCUCUGGACGUCCGCGCAAUCGUUCCAACUACCAAGGUCUAAACGUGCUCAAUGGCAAUGUCUUUGGGCAGCCGCAUCUGCAGGGACCGACGAAUGCUUUGGGCAACCAACAGGACACCAACAUCAUCGAUGGCAACUUCUACAGCGAUCCCAGCGUGCACCAUGGCCAUGGCCAUCAUCGUGCCCUAGUCUCCGUCAAUGGCAAUCAACGGUCUGUGCUCGUAGCGGACGAUGAUGAUUAUGUGGAUGACGACACCGAUCCCACUUUCCCACUGGGUUUUGCCGCAAGCAAUCCACAGGCUUCCUAUGUGGUUGCCCCCAAAAAAGGCAGCAAGUCCAGCUUCAACAGGCGCAGCAGCACAAAGGAUAAUGACUUUGACUUGGGCGCAGCUGCCUCGGAGUACGAUACGGACUACCGCGAGGAUGGCUAUCACUACAAGAAGCCCAAACACUCGUUUGAGUUUUGAAUUUUGCAUACAAAAUCAAUAUUAUAAUUACACAAAAAUAAAUUAUACUUAGCAGCAUUUGCCACAAGGGGCAGUCC